AGGAAGAUAUACAAGUUAAUUUUAAAUGAUUCAACAUUAGAUGCUGUUCUAUCAACAUUAAGUUUUUUUUUUCCUCUGGCAACUAGCUCACUCUACAAAGGUGAGAAAAUCCCUACUCUGGAAGAAGGUGUUCAUGAAUGUUUAAAGCUCAAGCUAAGAAUGAUCUUGGACAUCAAAGAAUUUGACAACAAAGCGCUGACAGCAGUGUUGGAGAUAUUUGAAAAAUAUCAAGAGCUGUACAAAGUGGCCAUAGUAUCAUCCUUCCACCCGCUCUUUAUAUAUCAGUUGAGGAAAGCCAAUCCAAACAUAAUAUGUGGACUGAUGUGGCGGCCAAAGUUUGUGUCCUCCGAUGACCUUGUGAAUGGACGUCCACGGUUUAGAGGUCCUUGGAAGAUGACUCUAGGAAAGAUUGGUGACCGUUUGCUAGACUGGUCUUUUCACAGCUGGCUGUGGUAUGUUACUGGUGUGUCUGUAGUUCUCAUCCACAAAGAUGCAAUUUCUCAGGAAUAUUUGAGAAUGUGGAGUACUCGAGGAGUUCGGGUUAUCCCUUGGACAAUCAACCAUCCAGUUGAAAAACAACACUUCUCCAGUAUCCUGAAUCUCCCAAUCAUGACGGAUUCCUUACUGAUCAAGUUUGAAACUAUGGUGAAGCUUUGAUCGACAGCCUCAUCAAGAAUGUAACAAUUGUGUAGAUAUAAAAUAAUCUUCACACGAUGAAGAGAUGGGUUUUUAUACUUUUUAAAGUGCUUUAUUGUUGCUUCAGACAUUCCAGUAUGAUAUUAUCACAUUAAUGGAAUAUUUUGAUGAACUGUGUAUGUUUUUAUCUCUAAAAUUCCAAAUCUUUUAUUUAAUGUUCUGAAACAUGUUUAACUUUUUUCAACCUCAUUAGAUAUUAAUCUUUAAUAUAUUUUUACCAGUUGUGAUAUUUUAGUAAUACUUACAUAAAAUCUUGAUAAAUAGUAAAUGAAAGAUUUAGACAUGAAAAGAAAAAACGUAAAUUAUUGUAAAUUUUAGGCCUACUAUCCACAUAUUUCAAAUUUAAAACAUUCUCUGAAAGGUAUUCCAUAAUUAUCAUAUUAUUCCAGUUAGUAAAUGUCUUAAGUUUAAGUGUAUCUAGUCA